UUCUACUGGCACCAUGACCGAUGAUGAGCUGUCUGCAUUAGUGGUGGAUAAUGGGUCAGGGAUGUGCAAGGCAGGCUUUGGAGGUGAUGAUGCCCCCCGGGCUGUGUUUCCCUCCAUGAUAGGACGUCCCCGACACCAAGGGGUCAUGGUAGGCAUGGGCCAGAAGGACUGCUACGUGGGGGAUGAGGCCCAGAGCAAGAGGGGCAUCCUGAGCCUGAGGUACCCCAUUGAGCAUGGCGUGGUCACCAACUGGGACGACAUGGAGAAAAUAUGGUACCAUACUUUCUACAAUGAGCUCCGCGUGGCACCAGAUGAGCAUCCCAUCCUCCUCACCGAGGCACCCCUGAACCCCAAGAUCAACCGGGAAAAGAUGACUCAGAUCAUGUUUGAGGCCUUCAACACACCUGCCAUGUAUGUGGCUAUCCAGGCUGUGCUGUCCCUCUAUGCCUCAGGACGGACCACAGGCAUUGUGAUGGACUCUGGGGAUGGGGUCACUCACACCGUGCCCAUCUAUGAAGGCUAUGCCCUGCCUCAUGCCAUCCUACGCCUGGACCUGGCGGGCAGAGACCUGACUGAGUACCUCAUGAAAAUCCUGACAGAGCGAGGCUAUAACUUCAUCACCACCGCUGAGCGGGAGAUUGUGCGCGAUGUCAAAGAGAAGCUGUGCUACGUGGCCCUGGACUUUGAGCAGGAGAUGGCCAGCGCAGCUGCGUCUUCCUCGCUGGAAAGAAGCUACGAGCUUCCUGAUGGGCAGGUGAUCACCAUCGGGAAUGAACGUUUCCGAUGCCCUGAAGCCAUUUUCCAGCCUUCCUUUCUGGGCAUUGAGUCCAGUGGAAUCCACGAGGCAACCUUCUACUCCAUCAUGAAGUGUGACGUGGAUAUCCGCAAGGAUCUCUAUGCCAACACUGUCCUGUCUGGAGGCAGCACCAUGUACCCAGGCAUUGCUGACCGGAUGCAGAAGGAAAUCAUAGCCCUGGUGCCCAACACCAUGAAGAUCAAGAUCAUCUCUCCUCCAGAGCGGAAGUAUUCCGUUUGGAUUGGGGGCUCCAUCCUGGCCAGCCUGUCCACGUUCCAGCAGAUGUGGAUCAGUAAGCAGGAAUAUGAUGAGGCUGGUCCUCCUAUUGUGCAUAGGAAGUGUUUCUGAAUGGGCUUCUAUCUUACUAAGUUUGCAUUUUGCCUUUUCCUGAGUCAUAGUGAUGGGACUGCUUUUAUCCACUUCCAACAGGAUCAAGGUAAAUAGUUCACUCUUCCUAGCGUGUAAACCAGCAAACCCAUCUAUCUUUCCAAGUUUCCUGGGUUCUUGCCCUGC